UGACGAUUUUGAUACAGCGUUAUGUAUUUAUAAAAUGAUUAAAAUUAAAUAAACAAACAGUUAACUUCGAGGCAUGAUAUAAACAUCUAAAAAUGAAUAUAUUAAUAAUAUUUUGUUUAAUUUUUGUCCUACUAUAUUCCUGUGUCUCAUGGCUAUUACCGGCUGUCUUAUCAUGGCUUUUCAAACGAAAAUAUCACAUAAAACUGAAGAUAGGAAGAAUAGCUGUACCAAAAUUAAUAUUACGUGAUGUAAGCUUAUCAAAAGAUGGAUAUUCAAUUCACAUAGAGGAAGUUUCGUUCAAAAGUAGCUUCUUUAAUUCAGAGAUCAACAAAUUAGUGUCAGUGAUUGUAAAGAAUGUGGAAAUAAAUAAUUAUGCGGAAGAGAAGAGGAGUGUUGUUGUUGAGACUAUUCUCAAGCCCCUACUGUCCAAACAGAACUCAAAUUCUAGAUCUGAAGGGCUUAAUGAGGAAGCAAGUGGUGGAAGUUCCUUGGAGAGGGAGCUCAGUAUUCUUGGUCAGCAAAAAUUAAUGGACUUCAGAAACAAAAAGUUACCCCCAAGUCUUAUUAUGUUUGCUCAGUUCAUGGGGGUCCAUGUGUACAACGCUAUAAUAACAUUAAACAGUAACGUAGAUGCGCACAGCUUGCAUGCAUCAGUUUCCGAGGCGCACGCGGAUGGCGCAGCUGGAGGGCCUGCCCGUGCUCUUGUAUUCUCAGCCAACCUUGUGAACGCCAGGGUCAUGAUACUAAAGAGUAGUAAGAGCUUAGCGGAGUUGUCGUGCAGUGUGCUCAUCGAAGGGACGGUGAAGGCAGAGGGACCAUUGAAUGUAGAGAAAAUACAUACAGCCAUCAGUAACACAGUAGUAAUUGUUCAGGAUGAAUUGUAUGUCUUUCUACAAAAUCGGAAAAAAAAGAAGCAUUCAACAUUAUCACAGCUUACAGAAGACCAUUAUGAUACUCUUUUAGCAAGACUUUCCCCAGCUAUACCAAAGAUAUUUAGUCUAAAAGUUGAUGAAACCAAAAUAGGCUGCAUUGACAACAUAACGAAGACACAUUUUGAAAUAACAUUGAACAGUUUACAAGUGAACUCGCGGUUCAGCGCAGCGUCGGUGGUGGUGAGCGGAGAGGGCGCGCGCGUUGUGGGCCGCCCGCAGCUGUACGUGGCGGGGCAGCUGGACGCGCUGCGGGCGGCGGCGCGCGGCGACGCGCUGCUGCAGCUCGACAAGCUCAAGCUGGACGCCAAGUUAGAGAAGGGAGUCUUGAACCUGUAUCUGAUCGUCAGCACGCUGAUCAUGUCAUAUAAUCACAGCAAUGCGUUUGAGUGGUACACCGCGUGGCAAAAACUUAAAAAGUCGAAACCUUUACAGGUGGUCGAAUCGCCAGAGAAAAGUAAGUUUCCAAAGUGGUGGGCGCGCGCGGUGCGCAGCUGCGCCGUGCAGGGCUGCGCGGAGCUGCGCGGCGUGGCGCUGCGCGCGCUGCGCUCGUCGGCGCGCGCGCACCGCAGCGCCGCGCUGGCGGCCGGCUGCAGCGGGCUCAAGGUCAAGCUCGACCAGCUGCUCGAGACCAGGGAGGAACCGUACGAGUGGGCGGUCGCGCAAGUGGUGGUGGGGGCGCGGCACUGGAGCGCCGAGCUGCUGGUGGACGGCGGCUGGGCGGGCGGCAGCGAGCCGCCGCCGCGCCGCGCGCACUGCUGGCGCUCCGCGCUGCUAGCCGUCGCCCUGGUCAAAUGGGGCUCGCAAGGACCAAGGGAUUCCAAGAUUGAAGCCAUGAUGGAUUGUCUUCGCCUCGAAUGGAGUUCCGAGAUCGCGGAUUCGAUAAUAUCGUUCGUGGACUGUCUGAACGAUUACAAAACUACCUCAAAACCAAAAUCACCCCGAGAAGUUGUUCCCGAGUCUUCCUGUAGUAUAGCGGUCAACGUGGCCUUGUCUCAUAUCAACCUGUUCCUAAUAAUCAAUGAGCAAAUGUGUCUGAUGACGAGGAUCGAUGCCGUGACUUUAGAGAAGACCGAUGUUAAGUCAAGCGCGAUCGUGUCUGGCCUGAAGAUGGUGGAAAUGGUGCCUUACCAAGGUAAUGUGCAGUGUCAGAGAUCAGAUGAGAUACCAACCACAUUCUUCCACGUUAAGCUAGCAAGAAUCGAGCACGUACCUUCCAAAGAGAGACACUCGGUUUUACUAGAUUUCCAAUUUCUAGAAAACGUUGAGUUCAAAUGGAGUGCUAAUUUACACCUCAAAAUACUGACCUUUGUUAGAGCUGUAAGGAGUUUCAGGGAAGAGUUUAGAAGAAAGACGGAAGGAGAUAACGUUGUACCGAGAAAAGAGAGCAGAGCGAUAGAUUGGCGAGUGUCUUUUAAAAGUCAGACGAAUUUUCGGAUAAUUUUAUCACAGAACAAUGACAUGCUUUUUGCAACUGAUGAUAUGACAGUUGCAUAUGAUCACGAAAAAGGUUUAUCAAUACUGUGGAGUCAAUUAAAGAUGGUCUUGAAUGGCGAUGAAAUAAUCACAGUUGAAGCGUACUCCAUGGAAAGAGCUACUGACGACCCAGAGAUCAGAGUAGAGAGGAAAGCGGCUGAGGGAUUUGUAUUGUCUUGGAAUAAGGUUUGGGCUGUAAAUAUAGGACUAGUUCGUGUUAUCUUCCCAUACAAGCAUCGCUUCGCGGAAGCCGUACAGGGAGAGUUUGUGUCGCUUUUCAAAUGGAUCAAAAUUGUCCACGGAAUCAAGAAGAAACCAUUUACUGAAGAUAGUCCACUACCUAGUGAUUUACAUAUAAAGAUCGAUGAGAUAAUGAUCGAAAUGAGUGAUGAUCCCUUCGAAGUGAAGUUGAGAGAUAAUUAUGAGCUUUUGGAAGAUGAGUAUAAAGAGAGCCAGAAGCGACGGACAAUGUUGGAUGCUAAGGUGGCGGAGCUGUGCAAGCCGCACCUGUUCCUGCCGGCCGGCAAGGUGGAGCAGCUGUACGCGGCGCUGCGCCACAAGGACGCGCAGAUCUACGUGCAGCGCACGCGCGCCGCGCCGCCGCCGCGCACGCGCCUCGUGGCGUGCUGCCUGGCGCGCGUGCGCGUGCUGGCGCUGGCCGACCCCAGCGUGCACGGCGCGCGCCGCGCCGCCGCGCGCCUGCGCCGCCUCGACCCCGACAGCCCGUGGGCGGAGGAGGGCGUGGAGUUCGCGACGCUGUGGGGCCGCGCCGUGAGCGCCGGCUGCGCGCUGUGGCAGCUGCGCCUGCGCGACUUCCCGCAGCCGCUGCUGAGCCUGGCCGAGCUGCGCCUGUGGGGCGCGCUGCUGGCCGCCGAGGAGGCGCCGCCGCCCCGGGCCGUCAGAACCGUAGUUAUCGACCAGGGCGAACCAUGGGGCGAGUUUGAGCUGGAGCGGAGUAUGAUGCCUUUAAAAUGGUACUACGAUCUCUGCUGCGAGAUGACGGAGUACAGCUACGCGUUCGGACCUUGCUGGGAGCCUGUAAUCGCUCAUUGUAAUCUUGCAUUCGACCAAGUAUCUCGUCCGUCACUGGACCCGUCCGCGCCGCUGGCGUGGUGGGACAAAGUACGACUCUUGUUCCACGGGCGGCUGACGGUUAACUGCGCUAAGUUCACGUGUUUACUGCACGUGUCGCUCGACCCCUACAAUACUACCGAGGAGAUGGAGGUCACUUGGACUGAUCUAGUUCUGGACUGGACAAACGGCAAGCUCGGCUUCCUCGGCGAGUUGAAAGUGUUCGUGCGCACUGCGAGCAAGUACGACGACUGUCGCGUGUUGCGGGUGCCGGCGCUGCGGCUGGCCGUGAAGCUGGGCUGGCAGUGCGUGGGCGACCCGCGCGACCACCACGCCGUGGCGCCCUGCGCCCCGACGCGCCUGCCGGAGUACUCCAGCAAUCAGGAACAUGAUUCAUACAGAGCUUUUCGUUCACAAGGACUUGACUUGCAUUUGAGUAUGGACACUAAACCCAUCGAAGGCGACGGACCUGUACUUUUACUGUAUGGAAGCACGCUUAGAUGGUUCGAGAGUUUAAAGUUGAUCCUGUCGGGCACCACGCGUCCCACACGGCGCGGUCGCGUGUUCAACAAUCUGCGCCCGCGCAAGCCACAAUUAUCACGGCACUAUCGCAAUGUCAGCGUUUCACUCACUCUCCAUAAUUUACAGGUGUUCUACUGGUCGUCGUCGUCCAUGCAGCGCGGCAUCGAGAUGCGCGGCGCGCGCGUGACGUGCGGCGCGCGCCACCGCCUGGCGCUGCAGCGCGCCGCCGGCCGCCUGCUGCGCCGCGCGCGCGCCGCCUGGGCCGCGCUCUACACCAACUGCGACCUCAACGACGCCGAGAUCUGGCUCAAGGCGCCCGCGCCGCCCGCGCCUCGUGCACAGAACGCAGAGGAUAUUCACAAACGACCAUGCGUCGCUCUGUCACAGAGCUCGCUGCUCAACCCGCCGGCCAUGGAGAAGUGCUACUGCCUGUCGGUGCGGCGCGUGUCGUACGGGCGCGAGGCGGGCGGCGCGGUGGGCGGCGCGGCGGGCGGCGGGGCGGGCGGCGGGGCGGGCGGCGCGGCGCCCACGCACCGGCUGGCCGUGCACGACCUGCGCGGCGCCUGGACCAAGCUCAACCGCGACCUCGCCUUCGCGCUCAUCGACACCUACAUCAAGACGCAGCAACUUAAGAAGAACCUCUCGACUAAAGCUUUGAAAGAAGAGGAGAAGCCAGCGAACUCACCAAAGAAUCAACGAGACGUCGAUGUAGUUUCUCCUCCUCCUGCAGCAACACAAGUGAGUUCAAGCGGCGGCGCCAGCAUGCUGGCGGCGCUGGUGGCGGAGGCGGGCGAGGCGGGCGGCGAGGCGCCCGUGGUGUUCAGCGACGAGCUGGCGGGCGCGGAGGCCGCCGCGCCGCCCGCGCACCCGCCGCACGCGCACCUGCGCCACGCGCUCGACGACGACAACUCGCACACCGCCUGCCUCAUCGAGCUGGUGAACUCGCAAGUGGUGCUGAAGGGCUGCGAGACGCGCGGCUACGUGAUCCUGUGCGCGGCGCGCGCGGAGGUGCGCCAGCGCGUGCGGCGCGCGCCCGCCGCGUCCGCGUGGAGCGGCGCGCUGUCCGCCAUGCAGUACUACGCCACCGUCAGCGCGGCCGACCGCGACCAGCUCGACGAGAAUAUUCAGUGGGUAUCGGUUGAAGAAAUUGAAGAGCGUUGGCAAGGUGCAGAGAUCAGCACGUUACCGGAUGUGCCCCGUCUGGUGGGAAGUGGUCAUUCCGCGGGUGGGGUCAUCGGCCGCACCGUCGGACCGUCUGCGGAUGCAGGACUUGCUCAACUUCAACGCAUCGUGUCCCGCUGCGCGUGCGAGUUCCACUACGUGUCGCACGAGGAGAGCGAGGCGGGCGGCGGCGGGGACGGCUGGGGCGCGCCCGAGCCCUACGACUCCUUCACGCUCAUGCACCACGACCUCGACGUGUGCACCAACUCGCUGCAGUACGCUAUGCUGCUGGACGUGGUGAACAACGUGGUGCUGCACGUGGAGCCGGAGCGCCGGCGCACGCUGGAGCGGCGCGCGCGCAUGCGCUUCCAGCUGCAGCUGCACCGCGACACCGACCCGCGCCACCUCAUACACAAGCUGCAAACCCAGGUUAGAGAAUCCCUGGCCAGGUUGAGAAGAUUAGAAAAAGAAUACUACCUCAAGAAUAGGUCUAUCAAUGGAAACGAUCCAGUUGCGUUAGCUGAAUUAAAGGCUUUGGACGAUCAGGUGAACGAGUGCAAGGAGGCGGCGUGGUCGCUGGGCGCGGAGCUGGACGCCAUGGUGCGCGCCUGGCGCGAGGCGCGGCGCUCGCUGGCCGCGCCCGCGCCGCACGCGCCGCACGCGCCGCCGCACCGCUACAACGAGAUCUGCUUCAAGUCGGCGCGCUGGCGCCUCACCGACGCCGACGGCCAGCUCGGCAUCGCCGACCUGCUGCUCACCAACUUCCUGUAUACUAAAACGUCGCGGUCUGAUGACUCGGUGGAACAUCAGCUGGAGGUGGGCUAUGUGCGGGUCACCAAUUUGUUGCCAAAUGAACCCUUCCCCGAGGUGCUGGCCCCGCAGGCCGCGUCGGGCCGCGCGCCCGUGGCGCGGCGCGCCGCCCUGCGCGUGUUCUGCCGCGACCGCCCGCCCGUGGGCGGCAUCUCCGUCAAGGAGCACUUCGAAGUCAACAUCGUGCCUAUACGCAUCGGUUUGACGAAGAAGUUCUUUAACACGAUGCUCAAGUUCUGCUUCCCCGAGCGAGAUCCGGACGCCAUAGAAGAAGGCGACGAGGAGGGCGAGGGGACCGUUCGAGCUGGAACGAGCUCUUCUAAGAAAGUCAAGAAGAAGGGCAAAGAUUCCAACUCAAACUUCUAUGUCAAGAGGGACAAGAAGGAUAAAGAUGACGUGGAAAAAAUGAAGGAGCGAGCCGAGAAAAACAAGCUGUUCAUCUAUAUUAAGAUCCCGGAGGUGCCAGUACGCGUGUCGUACAAGGGCAGCAAGGAGAAGAACCUGGAGGACGUACGCGACCUGCCCCUCGUGCUGCCCACGCUGGAGUACCACAACGUCACCUGGACCUGGCUCGACCUGCUGCUGGCCACUAAGAGCGACACAAGGAGGGUGAUCGUGUCGCAGGCGAUCCGCCAGAAGCUGCAGCUGCACCGGCGCGCGGCCGCCGCGCCCGAGCCGCUGGAGGAGGACAAGGCGCGCCUGCUACUGGGCGACCGCACCGUGGCUGAAAACAAACCUCAUAAGAAGAGUACUCCGAGCGUUUUCAAGUUUUCGAAGUCCUAGCGUAAGGUUAAAAAGUGCGUCGAUCAAAAGAAAAUGAAUCAAGAAUAGACUUGAUAAAAUAUAUUUUUGACAAAAUUUUAUGUAUACGAGACAUUUUUAUCAUUGAUUACUUAAUUAAUUCAACGAAAAAAUUUACGUAAACUGUUUAAAAUUAAAUUGUUUUUCAUUAUAAAAAGACAAUCGGAUAAAAAAUUAAGAAGUAAUAAAAUUUUAUACACUACUUCUAAGCAAAGUUGUUUAAAACUGAGACAAAAUCGUAUUACAAAGAUUGUAUCUUAAUUGGGUGAUAAAAUGUAGUUGAACUAAAUUAAAUAAAAUUAAAUUAUCAUUCCAAAACAUAUGUCAUAAGUCAUCGAGAUAUAUAGAGGCUGUUAUAAAUAGUAACAUAACAUUUUUGUUACUAAGCUGUUUAUUACGUUUUUAUUAUAAAUAUUUUAUUAAAUA